AUGUCUACCUCACCCAACCCGAAAGCCACGCUUCGCCCCUCCAAAUUCAUUGAAGGACCUCCCCUCACCUCCACGGCCCCUAAUCUCGCCCAAACAGACUCACAACUACAACUCAUCCUCCUCGAAAUGGAUUCCUACGAGUCCUCCCACAAAUCACCUCGCAAAUCUAAAUCGCGAACUUCUUCGAGUAGUUCUUCUAAUUCUAAUUCCUCACAUUCUUCUCACAUCUCUACUUCUUCGCUAUCCUUUUUUACGAAUUCUUCGAAACGAAUGAGUCACGACUAUUCUUCUGCUAUGUCUACAAGUACUAAGAUACUCAGCGGGGUGAGAGCGAGUAUAGAUAUGAGUAAUCCAUUUUCAAGCUCAGAGUCAUUGGGAAGAAGUAGAGGCAGUAUCAUUGAGACUACGAAUGAAUCGGAUGAGGGAUCGAUCAAAGAUGCACAGCCACUAGGAUCAAAGAUUAAAGGCAGACUGAGAGCUUGGAGCCGGGGGAAGGACGAUGGAUUCAGACCUUAUGCGGGCACCUGA